AGCAGCUGGGCAUGGGAUGCCAAAAAAGCAUUACAGGCUGUGAGCAGAAGGCUUCCUCAUCAUGUCUGCCCAGCAUGCGAAAACGAAAUUCGCUAUUCGUGUAAGAAGAAGAGGGCAGGAGCUUUGUUAAUUUGUAUUUGGCCGACACGCAAUACAAUGAUCUUCUUUGCGAAUGCGAUUGCGAUUCAGUCAGACGAGUCAGCAUGACAUUCAAGGACCAGAUAUCUUUGCACUGGAUAGAUUCGACGCAUGGGUUUGAUCUCAUCGACGAAACGUAAAUCGAAAGAGAAUAGUCGUGGAAGAAAUGUUUCAAUGAAACUAUAGUAGCUGCUCUACACUCAUCUAGUUUAUGCUUGUCGUGAACGUAAAUUUAAUGAAUUACGAAUGUAAUCAUGACGUGAAAAACAGUAAAGAACAGUAUAUGGCAACGCCGCGGCUGCGGUUGUAAUCUAUGAUGUACAAACGUACAAUGAAUAGUGCUAUGCGUGAUUUUUCGCCGGAUUUUUGUGACUAGAUUAUCGCCCCCCAGCAGUUGGAAGAUGAAUUUUUAAAAGCCCAAUAUCUAAUGACAACAGUGCAACUGUAUUCUACUCCAGCAAUUUUAGCAAUUUGGUACUAGUAUCCAAAAGGACGAAAAAUGCUGAUGAACACAACAUCGAUCUCUUUGUUGUGGCCCAUGCGAAUGCGUGCCAUGAAGCUACGUCGACGGAUCACAAAGUACAAAAAGAAAGUAAAUGCAAAAUCAAUAGCAAAACUAGGUAUGGUAAACAAAAACAACAUAAUCGUUUCUUCAGUUCACCUGCGAGGGUCUACUUCUAGCGUUUGUGAGAGCAGUGGAAUUUUUGAAGCGGUAAAGGCAAAGCAUUUGUUUCUUCGGGCUGAUGGACUAUACAGAUGCAUAAUUUCCUGCGGUUUUCUAAGCUCGCAGAUGCGGCACAACUACUGAAAAAUCAGAAGCAUCGAAAGUGCAGUACAGAAGCAACUAGCAAGGAAGGUAGUAGAAAAUCGCUGCUGGUGCCCGCCGAAAAAACAGCUCGACCCAGUUGGCACAGCAAUGCUUUUUCCUUCCCGCCCGUACCAGAUUUGCGAAAGUGCCCAUAGACGUUAUACUUAGUUGGAUGCAAGGGCAGUACAGCCUUGCAGCUGGUGCUCGGUGAUGCCUUUUAUCCACGGAGCCAACAUCUACGGAUUGCAAAUCAAGCGUGACUGGCGGAUUUCAAUCCGUUGGCAGGGCUCCCGCUGUUUUUUUUCCACUACGCAUACCUAAAACAAACUAGGAGUAUAUGAUAGAUUUCCGCAGUAAAUGAUCACAGUCCCCGGGUUUCUCCACGAGUCGUGCACAGAACAAGUAAUACAAGUACCUAUCGCAGCUAUAAUCGCGGUACGAGGUCAGGUGUGUGGUGUCCGCCUCCGCGCACGUAGCCCUUUACUGGAAAAAUCUUCGCAUGAAGACCCACUGCAUGAAUAUGCAUAAAUAAUUAGUUGAUUUUCAUCGUUAUUAAUCUUCGAUGCGACGUUGCGCGUCAUGCAGCUCUAGUUUAAGACGAUUGUCCUCAUGCAGUACACGCCCCCUUGUUUCAAAAACGAAAUGGACAACGAGGAACAUCAUAAUUACAACAUACUACAGCACAUCAAUCACAAUCUGGACAAUGUCCGGCAUCUUUCCAGCAAGCUAAUAAAGCAUGACUGGUGCUAAAGCUUGCCUGGU